CAGUGCAGUGAUGUCAGCAGCACACAUACCUCCCCCACCACUACACAGCCAGAAGGAAAGAGAUGUGUAUGCAAGCUAGAUGGGAAGGAUGCAGCAGUAUCUGCCUGGGGAACCCUGCUUAGCCUUAUCCAUGCAGUAACUGAUCACAUGGACAGAAUGCCCCUUCAUCUAAAGUCACAGGUAAAAUAUAACUGAUUAAAAGUACUAUUCAUAAUGUCUUCAUCUGUAAUGUCCCCACCUACGGAAACUUUACUUCCUAACUUGGUUUCUCAAGAGUUCUGGAGAUCCCAAGUAUGUGGCUACAGUACAUCUGUUGCGGGGCAUAUCAGUCACCGGGCAAACAAUUUCAAAAGACAUCCAAAGAGAAGGAAAUUAAUUCGUCCAUCCCCUCCCCCACCACCAAAUACUCCAUGUCCUCUUGAUUUGAUCGAUUUUGUGGAUCUUUAUCCUCGGAGAUCAUUCUUGGAACUUCUGUUUAAUGGCUGCAUCUUGUUUGGGAUUGAAUUUUGUUAUGCAAUGGAAACCGCUUAUGUUACUCCAGUAUUGCUGCAGAUGGGUCUUCCAGACGAGUUCUAUAGUAUGGUGUGGUUUAUCAGCCCAAUUUUAGGUUUUAUGUUUCAGCCUUUAUUGGGGGCAUGGAGUGACACUUGUUCAUCACGAUUUGGGAGAAGGCGUCCAUUUAUACUUGUGCUAGCCAUAGGAGCCUUAUUGGGACUAACAUUUCUACUCAAUGGACGAGAUAUCGGGCUGUCCGCCACUGACACAGUCAAUGAUCACAAAUGGGGACUUAUCCUCACAAUCUGUGGAGUUGUACUCAUGGAUUUCAGCGCAGAUUCCGCAGAUAAUCCUAGCCAUGCUUAUAUGAUGGAUGUAUGCACUCCAGAAGAUCAAGAUCGUGGCCUGAAUAUCCAUGCCCUGCUUGCAGGACUUGGAGGUGGUUUUGGUUAUGUUGUUGGUGGAAUUAACUGGAAUAAGACACGUUUUGGAAAAUCUAUGGGAGGACAGCUGAGAGUCAUCUAUUUCUUCACUUCGGUAACAUUGACCAUAACAACUAUCUUAACCCUGAUUAGUAUUCCAGAAAGGCCUAUCCAAUCAUUCAACAAGAAGAAGAAAGUCAUGAAAAGUCCAAGUCUACCUCUGCCUCCAUCCCCUCCUGUAUUUUUUGAAGAAACCGAGAAUCGAACUCAUAAUACCCAUAACUCAAAUCACUUAUAUGCUAGCUUUACUAGCCCAAUAUCCCCUUUCAGUCCACUCACCCCAAAGUAUGGCAGUUUAAUCAGUAGGGACAAUUCCUUAACAGGAAUUAAUGAAUUUGCUUCUUCGUUUGGAACCACAAAUAUUGACAGUGUUCUCAUAGACUGUUUCACGGGAGGUAAUGAGAAUUUUUCUGCUCCCUCUAGCAGCUUGUCAAGACAAGCUAGUAGUCUUCCUCGAGUACCCGAAAGCCUAUAUUGUGGUGGACACAGAGACUCAGCAGAAAAUAUUACAAGUCCUGGAGCUGAAAGGAAUCAUUUAAGAGUUGGAUCUCUUGAUGCAUCGAAGGCAAGAGCUUCAGGAAUUCUGAAAAGGCCUCAGACGUUAGCUAUUCCGGAUAUUGUUACAGCAACUUGCCCUGAGAGCAGCAGAAGAAGAAAUGUGACAUUCAGCCAACAGGUGGCUAAUAUUUUGCUGAAUGGUGUAAAGUAUGAGAGCGAACUCAAUGGAUCCACCGAGAUGUGCCAUCAACCACUUUCAAUGAAGUUGCUGUGUUCAUCCAUCUGGCACAUGCCUAAGGCACUGCGCAACCUCUGUAUCAAUCACUUUCUAGGAUGGCUGUCAUUUGAAGGGAUGCUGCUAUUCUAUACUGAUUUCAUGGGAGAAGUAGUAUUUCAGGGGGAUCCAAAAGCCCCACACAAUUCUGAAGAAUAUCAUAAAUAUAAUGCUGGAGUGACCAUGGGAUGCUGGGGCAUGUGUAUAUAUGCAUUCAGUGCGGCCUUUUAUUCUGCUAUUCUAGAAAAGUUGGAGGAUUAUUUUAGCAUCCGGACACUAUUCUUCAUUGCAUACCUUGCAUUUGGCUUGGGCACCGGUUUGGCUACACUAUCCAGCAAUUUGUAUAUUAUUUUAUCCCUGUGUGUUACACAUGGCAUCCUGUUUUCCACUCUUUGCAUAUUGCCAUACUCACUACUCUGUGACUACUAUCAGAACAAAAAGUUUAUAGGUUCCAGUUCAGAUGGCACUAAACGUGGAAUGGGAGUUGAUAUCUCUCUCCUGAGUUGUCAGUAUUUUCUUGCACAGAUCAUUGUAUCUAUUGUAAUGGGACCUUUAACUUCAGCUGUUGGAAGUGCCAAUGGCGUGAUGUACUUUUCCAGCGUCAUGUCAUUUGUUGGCUGUUUUUAUUCAUCCUUGUUUGUUAUCUACGACAUGCCACCAAGUGGAGACUACGAAGAAGAACAGCAACCCCUUUUGCUCAACAUCUAGAGUAAUGAUCCACUUUGUAAUGUGCAAUUUUAAUUCUAUUACUUUUAUUUGGCCAGAAGUUCUGAUAAAACACCUUGAAAUCUGAAUUUGUGACACAAUGGCUCAAAAUAAAGAAU